UACCCUUUGACUCUGUUAGUUAUUCCCUCCCCUUCUUCUUUAUUGCCCUGAGUUCUCUUCCCUUUUCCAUGCUCCAAUCACUUUUUUCAUGUUCUCACUCAGUGAAGAUGAGGAAAUUGCAAGCAGAGUAUUUUUUAGAUUAAACUUCUUGGCUUGAGAAGAAAAGAAGCUAGUUAUUUUUCACUCAGGAGUGGAUUUGUGGCUUGGCUUCCCCAUGGCUUCCCGCCGUGUGUGUGACCUGAGGACGCUGCUGGCCAUCGUGGUUGGGCUGCUGACCACCAUCGUUUUGGGACUGGGCAUCUGGAGGGCUGUGGUCAGGAUCCAGAGAGAAACACCUCCCCCCUCAUCAAGCACUUCUGAAGACUACUGCAAGAAUGGUGGAACCUGGGAAAAUGGCAGAUGCCAUUGUCCAGAAGAUUGGAAAGGAUUGAGAUGUACAAUAGUUAAUUUCUGUGAAAACAGUACCGAUAGGAAUUUUACUUUUGGCAAAAUUGCAGUGGGAAGAUAUGGACCUUCUUUGGAAACAUGUGGCAAGGACACUCUAAAUGCGGACACGCCAAGAGCAACCCGGCUAUGCAAUGUCACUGAAGAUGGAGAGAUAGAAUUACAAAAUGCGACAGAAGGAAAUUGCAAUAUAAAUCUGAACAUCCUGGAAGACCGGAUAAAUAAUUCAUCAAAAAAUUCUUCAAUUAUUUCAACUGUUUCUAAAGAAGUCCAGAUUUUAACAUCUAAUAUCAAUAAUUUAAAUCAUGAGAACAUCACUUCUGCUACUAAAGUGGUUGGACAGAUCUUCAACUCAUCCAGAAAUGCACCACCUGAGGCAAAAAGAGUUGCUGUCACAACAGUGAGUCAACUUCUAAAUGCCAGUGAAGAGUAUAUUGAAGCAGCUGUUGCUAAAGAUGAAAAGGCCUUUUCAACGCUUAUUACCGAAAUGGAGAAAUAUUCCUGGUCUUUGGACAAUAAUUCAGUGGUGGACCCUAAUAUAGCAGUACAGUCUGUCACUUCCGAUCCGAAAGACACUGGGGGGUCUACAGGUGUUCUCUUCACUGUGCAGAAAGGAGCAAGCGAUUCUCUUCUUACUGGUGACACACGUGUAGAUCCAAAGGAGGACAGUUUUCAUCCAAAUAAAAUGACUGAACUUCAGAUCUGGCUCAAUACAUCAACAAGUAAUGCCACGUCAUAUGGCUUUAUAGUGUAUCAAAACAGAAAGUUUUUCCAAUCAAAAACUUUUAAAAGUCAAUUAGAUAUUAAUAAAAGAGUUAUCUCAAGCACAACUAAUAACACUGGGAACAAUCAGAGUGUUUCUUUUAAAAUGGCCUUUCAGCAACAGUACGAAGAAAAGGAACUCAAGUUCUAUUCCUUUGCCUGUGUCUAUUGGAAUUUUAAAAAGCAAGAUUGGGACACAGAAGGCUGUUUCAAAGAUGGAGAAAGGGGUGGGUUGCUGCACUGCCGCUGUGACCACACUUCGAAUUUUGCUGUGUUAAUGAGUUAUAAAAGGGACCAUGAAUAUCCUGGCCUAAAGGAAUUAUCCACCGCUGGAUGUGCGCUGUCCAUUACUGGUCUGGCUCUCACAAUUAUAUUUCAGAUUGUCACCAGGAAAGUCAGAAAAACCUCAGUAACCUGGGUGUUGGUCAGUCUGUGCACAUCAAUGUUGAUUUUCAAUCUCCUCUUUGUGUUUGGAAUUGAAAAUUCCAAUAAGAAUGUUCCUCCUAAAGAAAAUACAGAUGCUCCUAAAGAAAAUACAAUUCCCGAAGGAGAAAUUAUUAAGGAGCCUUCGAAUCGCCGGUGCACGGCGGCUGCUGCCUUGCUGCACUAUUUCCUGUUAGUGAUGUUUACCUGGACUGGAGUCAGUGCAGUGCAGCUCUACUUCCUUCUGAUUAGGACCAUGAAGCCUCUUCCUCAACGGUUCACUCUUUACAUUUCUUUAAUUGGAUGGGGAGUCCCAGCUGUCGUUGUAGCUAUGACAGUGGGAAUUAUUUAUUCUCAGAAUCCUUCAGGAUGGGAGCUAGACUACCGGCGAGAAGAAAUCUGCUGGUUGGCAGAUGCAAAAGAGAAUGAUGAUAAAAAAAGCCCAUUAUAUUGGUCAUUCAUUCUACCUAUGACCAUUAUCCUCACCAGCAAUGUUGCUCUAUUUAUUUUCAUUAUGGUGAAAGUGGUGUGGAAGAAUAACCAGAAUCUGACAAGCACAAAAAAGGUUUCAUCACUAAAGAAGGUUUUUAGCACAUUAUCUAUUGCAGUCAUAUUUGGAAUUACCUGGAUCCUGGGAUUCUUUACGCUACUAAGUAAUGAAAAUAUCAGCAAAAUCUCCAGCUACCUAUUCUGCAUUUUCAACACUACUCAGGGAUUGCAAAUUUUUGUCCUCUACACUGUCAGGACAAAAAUCUUCCAGAAUGAAGCUUCCAAACUGUUGAAGUCGCUGUCGUCAUCUGCUGGGAGAGUGAAGUUGCUGCCAUCAGCAACCCGGAUGAGGCUGCGUGUAAGGAUGUAUAACAUGCUCAGGUCAUUCCCAGCCCUAAAUGAACGCUUUAGGCUGCUGGAGCCAAUUGUGAUUACCGAGGAAAUGACACUCUCUGAAAGUGACCAAGCAAGCAUAAGCAUCUCCAGUGGUUCUCAACCUUCCUAAUGCCGUGACUCUUUAAUACAGUUCCUCAUGUUGUGACCCCCAACCAUAAAAUAAUUUUCGUUGCUACUUCAUAACUGUAAUUUUGCUACUGUUAUGAAUAAUAAUGUAAAUAUCUGAUAUGCAGGAUGUAUUUUCAUUGUUCGAGACCCACAUGUUGAGAACUGCUGAUCUAGACAGUAAAGCUGUUGCCUUCUGUGGUCUCUCUUAUUCAACUUGUGUGAGUUUUGCUUUUUCUAUUUCUUUCCUUUGUUACCCAGUCCUUCAGGAAAGUCUCCCUCAAUAUAUUUGGCUCAAGGUUAAAAAUCAGGUACAACCUGUGGUUUAUUAUCAUCAGGGAUACUGGAUUUGGUAGUUUUUUCUAUUAUUCAAUAGAUUCUUACCUGAACGAAGUGAAGAAUCCCAUCCAGCAUUCAAAAUAAUUCAAGAUUAUCAUUGCUCUGUGUAUAUCAUAAAGUCUGUGACUUCAAUAAAAAUGUAGAACCUAAACAAAGUCUUUUACGAUUUACUACAAAGGAUACAAGGAGAAAAAUUUACCAUCUAGAAAAUGACUUCUGAUGAACACUGCAAAGAAUUGCUUUUAUGUAUCAGACUUUUGAUCUGUGAAUACUUAAAAUUUGUAUGUGCUUAUACUUUCCUGUUACUGAGAACUGGAAUAAAUCAAGCAAUGCUCAGAGA